AUGUAUCUACUCAAGCACAGUCCACCACGUCUCUGCUGGGCCAACGGUGAAACUCCUCUGAGGAACGUGAAACAGAUCUUCAACAAACGCAGUCAUACCAUGUUCAUGGACAGCACCACUACGUAUGGAGACGACGUCAAAUCUCUCAAUGCCCAGCGGGUUUUGUUGAUGUUGCUGAACUUGAUGAGCUGUUUCGAAAAUGGACGGAAUGACCAGGAAAGGCUGUACGUGGGCAGUACGGACCCAGCCAUCGAAGGCCCAACGACAGACUCCUGCGUUCGGCUGCGGCUGCGAGUAAACAGGUUUAAGCAACAAUCACUGGAGCAGACGGCCAUCCUGGGGCCGCAGGAGAGACUGGGGGGCGGGAACCAUGCGCUGCGGGCGGGACUCUGGGAGGAGCCGCAGAGGCUAGGCCUGUGCCAGGAAGAGCGGGCAGGAGGCCAGGAGCCGUGCCGGGGCGCUGGCAGAGCUAGCCAUAAAGCCUGGGAGCUCCUGGAGGCGGACUUCAGUGCCUACGGGAAUAACUGGGAACGCGUCUCCUCUGUCCUCCCUGCAGUGCUGCUGAUCACGGUGCUGGUGGUGGAGGGGAUCGCCGUGGCCCAGAAGCCCCCAGACGGACAGAACGUCGGGGUCAGGCACGUGGCUGGCACCCAGUGCGGCAUCUGGGUUCGAACCAGCAAUGGAGGCCACUUCGCUUCACCGAGUUACCCGGACCCCUACCCGCCCAACAAGGAGUGCAUCUACGUUUUGGAAGCGGCGCCCCGGCAAAGGAUCGAGCUGACCUUCGACGAGCACUUUUACAUCGAGCCCUCGUUCGAAUGUCGCUUUGACCACCUGGAGGUUCGCGACGGGCCCUUCGGCUUCUCUCCGCUCAUCGAGCGGUUCUGCGGCGUGAAGAGCCCUCCGCUGAUCAGAUCCACCGGGCGCUUCAUGUGGGUCAAGUUCAGUUCCGACGAAGAACUGGAAGGAAUGGGAUUCCGAGCAAAGUACUCGUUUAUUCCAGAUCCAGACUUUACUUACCUCGGAGACUGCCAGUUCGAGCUCUCGGGGGCGGACGGCGUCGUGCGGUCCAGCCAGGUGGAGCAGGAGGAGAAGACGAAGCCCGGCCAGGCGGUGGACUGCAUCUGGACCAUCCGGGCCACCCCGAGGGCCAAGGUACGAUUCUACCUGCGGUUCCUGGACUACCAGAUGGAGCACUCCAACGAGUGCAAGAGGAACUUCGUCGCCGUCUACGACGGGAGCAGUGCCAUCGAGAACCUCAAGGCCAAGUUCUGCAGCACGGUGGCCAACGACGUCAUGCUCAAGACCGGAGUGGGGGUGAUCCGCAUGUGGGCGGACGAGGGCAGCCGGCUCAGCAGGUUCAGGAUGCUCUUCACCUCCUUCGUGGAGCCUCCCUGCACCGGCAGCACCUUCUUCUGCCACAGCAACAUGUGCAUCAACAACUCGCUGGUCUGUAACGGUGUUCAGAACUGUGCGUACCCCUGGGACGAGAAUCACUGCAAAGAGAAGAAGAGGGCCGGCCUCUUCGAGCAGAUGACUCGGACGCACGGCACCAUCAUCGGCGUGGCGGCGGGCGUGGUGCUGGUGCUGCUGGUGGUGUCGGUGCUGGUGCAGGUGAAGCAGCCGCGGAAGAAAGCUGCCUGCAAGGCCGCCUUCCACAAGCCGGGCUUCCAGGAGGCGUUCGACCCGCCGCACUACGAGCUGUUCUCGCUGCGCGACAAGGAGCUGGCGGCCGAGCUGGGCGAGCUGGGCGAGGAGCUGGACGGCUACCGGCCGCUGCGCCGCGCCUCCUCCGCCUCGCGCUGCGUGCACGAGCACCACUGCGGCGCGGCGCCGGGCAAGCCGGGCAGGACCGACCUGGCGGCCGCCGUGGAGCUGCCCUUCCGCAACGACUUCGCGCCGCCGCCGCCCAUGACGACCUUCAACAGCACCUUCCCCAAGAGCCGGUGCGCCUUCCCGCCCGCGCGCCCGGGCCCCGAGGCGGCGCGCGAGGACCGCGUGAUGGAGGAGCUGCCCUGCGAGAUCUACGCGCGCGGCCGCGACGACUCCGCGCAGGCGUCCAUCUCCAUCGACUUCUAACCCCCUCACCCCCUCAGCUCACCUCCACCCUCCCCCCUCGCCAAGGACCCCCCUCGCCAAGGACCGCCCCCCCUCGCCAAGGACGUGCGCACGCGGCCCCAGCGCAUCCACGUCUCCAGCCCUUUCCUCCUCUCCAAGCGACCAAGACUUGCACCUCCCGGCCCCCUGUCCUAACAGUGACUUUGUUUUUUUGUGGUUUUUUAAAAUAUAUUUGUAUUGAUUUCAGUGAGGAAGGGAGAGGGAGAGAGAGAGAAGCAUCCAUGAUGAGAGAGAAUCAUCGAUUGGCUGCCUCCUGCAC